AAGAAGUAUGGUAGCUUCCGGGAUCUGGCCAGCUUCGCACGCUGAAUUGCCGGCACCAUGCAGUCGGAUGAUGUUAUCUGGGAUACACUAGGAAACAAGCAAUUUUGUUCCUUCAAGAUAAGAACCAAGACACAGAGCUUUUGCAGAAAUGAAUACAGCCUGACUGGCCUGUGUAACCGGUCAUCCUGUCCCCUGGCAAACAGUCAGUAUGCCACCAUCAAAGAAGAGAAAGGUCAGUGCUUCCUGUAUAUGAAGGUGAUAGAACGAGCAGCUUUUCCUAGGCGGCUCUGGGAACGGGUCCGGCUUCAUAAAAACUAUGAGAAAGCACUGGAGCAAAUAGAUGAAAAUCUAAUUUACUGGCCCCGUUUCAUUCGACACAAGUGUAAGCAGAGAUUCACCAAGAUCACCCAGUACCUAAUACGUAUUCGAAAACUUACACUAAAGAGACAGAGGAAACUUGUUCCUUUGAGUAAGAAGGUGGAGCGGAGAGAAAAAAGAAGAGAGGAAAAGGCAUUAAUAGCGGCUCAGCUGGAUAAUGCCAUUGAAAAGGAAUUGCUGGAGAGACUAAAACAAGAUACGUAUGGCGACAUCUACAACUUCCCCAUUCAUGCCUUCGACAAGGCCCUGGAACAGCAGGAGGCAGGGAGUGACUCUUCAGAUGCUGAGGAAAAAGAAUAUGAAGAUGAUGAGGAAGAUGUGGGAAAAAGAGAGUUUGUGGAAGCUGAUGAUGUGGAUGAGAGUGACAUAAGUGACUUUGAGGAUAUGGACAAACUGGAUGCCAGCAGUGAUGAAGAUGAGGGAGAGAAAUCCUCCAGUGAGGAAGAAGAAAAGGCCCUUGACGCCAAACACAAAGGCAAAUCACCCUUGAAAGGACCUCUGCGGAGAAAACGAGCCUAUGUGGAGAUUGAAUAUGAGCAGGAGACAGAGCCUGUGGCCAAGGCCAAAACCACGUGAACUGCGUUUAGACAUUUGUAACAGGACUGAACAUUUUGAACUUUACCCUAUCCUCAUCACAUACAUACCUCCAGUUUUUACUCUUUAUUUUGUAUGUAACACAAUAUUUGUGUUUUUUUAUAUUUAUGCCACUUCUGUAGAGCAAGAAAUCUGAGGGAUAGUGGAGGAAAUCCUUAAAGUUGUAAACAGUAUUUUUAUAGCUUUGGCAUGUGUUGAGGUGAUAGCUUAACAGAUGAGUUUAUGAUUGUAAAUAUUUACAGAUGGUAGCCACCUUAGAUG